UUUAUUAUUUUAAUUUUUUCAGGUGUUGUUUGGACACUAUGCGUUUAGUUGAUUUAUUAUUAGUAUUACUCCUUGAGGGACGUGAUGCAGUAUCUUGGAGUACAGUGGCUUGUUCUAGUACUAAUCCUUUAUUACCAAAACUGCGACGUUUAGAUUCUAGUGCUGAAAAAUCUCAACGUCAUUUAAUUGAUUGUAUUAGAAGUAAAGACACGGAAGCAUUGAUGGAAGCUGUUAAUUCUGGAGCUAUUGAUGUGAACUUUGUGGAUGAAGUGGGACAAACUUUAUUAAAUUGGGCUUCUGCAUUUGGUACUCAAGAAAUGGUUGAAUAUUUAUGUUCAAAAAAUGCUGAUGUUAAUAAAGGUCUUAGAUCAUCAUCUUUGCAUUAUGCUGCAUGUUUUGGACGUCCAUCUAUAGCCAAAAUACUUUUAAAAAAUGGUGCUAAUCCGGAAUUACGUGAUGAAGAAGGAAAAACACCACUAGAUAAAGCAAGAGAGCGAAUGGAUGAAGGUCAUCGUGAAGUUGCUACAAUAUUAGAAUCUCCAGAGUGGUUAAUGUCUUCUAAAAAUGAGUCU